AUGGGGAAUUGCUGUGGAUAGUCUUCAAUCGUAGAGUGCCACUCACUAUAAAUUGUUACAAAAGAUUAAAUAGACUUAGAAUAAGCAAAUAAAGCUGCCUUAAAAAUUUAAUGUAAUCCAACUAAUUAUCUCCCAAGGUUUUGUUCGAGGGUACUUAACCAGAAAAAAACAUUAAAAUCAUCACAAAAAUAGUAGUGUAGCCAUAACAGCUACUAAUGAAUAUGCUUCAUCAAAAAAAUAAAGCAGAUAAGAAAUUAAAUUGGUAGAUCUGAAGAAGUUUAAUUCUUUUUCAAAAGAAACUAAUGCGCCUUAAAAUCUAAAAACUAUCGAGAAGGUGCCAGAAACACUUGAUAAUUUAACCAAAUAAGUAUGGUUAUACUUUAAAUUUGAUUUCUCUUUUAGUUUAGAAAAAGCUUACCCGAAUUUAUUUAUGAUGCUUGCUAAUCAGAACCAGACUUGAUAACGAGAGGACCUGUACAAGAUGAACAUGAUCAUAUAUAUAUAGGUUAAUGGAAGGAUAAGUAUGACCCUUGGCUAUUUUAGUGCAAAAUGGGGUAAAGGAGUCUAAUACUGGUCAGAUGGUUCAUACUAUGAAGGGUAUUGGAAAGAUAAUAAAUAAAAUGGGAAGGGAAGACUUAUCCAUGUGGAAGGAGAUGUUUAUGAAGGAGAUUGGAAGGAUGACAAAGCUCAUGGCUAUGUAAGGAUAUUUCUAACUACAUUAGGGCAAGUUAACUACAUCAAGUGGUGGAUAUUAUUUAGGAUAAUGGAUUAAUGAUAAAUAGAAUGGUUAAGGCAAAGAACUAUGGCCAGAUGGCGCAAGUUUUGAGGGAAAUUAUGUUGAUGGAAUAAAAAUCGGUUAAGGGAUAUACACAGUUGCAAAUGGUUCUUAAUAUGUAGGAGAGUUUGCAGAUAAUUGCUUCUGCGGAUAUGGAACUUACAAAUGCUCAGAUGGCACUAGAUAUGCAGGGUUAUGGAAAUAAAAUAAAAUGAGUGGAUAAGGGGUAAAAUAUUUAAGUUUACUCCUAGGAAUUUUAUUGGAAUGAUGGAUCUAAAUAUAUUGGCGAUUUCUUUAAUGAUUUAAGAGAUGGAUAUGGCACUUUCUAUUACGGUGAUGGAAGAGUAAUUGUUUAGAAUAUCAUAUAGAUUUAUAAAGGAUAUUGGAAAAAUGGAAAAAGACAUGGAAAUGGAACUUAUAUUGGAAAAAACAAUAUUGAAAAAUAAGGCAAAUGGUAAAAUGGAGUAUUUGUUGUUUGGGAGAAGUAAUUUACAAACUCAUCCGCUGGGGAUGAUUCUUUAUUUCAUUGA